UUCUAGCAAGCUGGAAGACAUUUUGCGUCGGUGGUGCGCGGAGUUUGGACGGUUUGGGGUUUUAAGAACCAUGGUGCACUGGCAUGCGCCUGUAUUUAGUGUAUGGUGGAGUGCCUUUUCAAUUUAUUCUAAUGAUAUAAUAUAAGUUCAGACCUCUUCAUGCUUUCCAAAAUUCAUUUAAGGUUUGGACACGCCAUAAGGAGAGUUGUGUUGUAUUGCCUCGUUUAGGAAUUCAUAGCUCAUGAAUCCAAACAAUGAGAAGGAUAAUCAAAAUGGCGGACUGCGCUCUUUGAAUAGUGCCAAGAACGUGUUGGGAAAGCAUGUAGUUUGUCGCGAUUAUGUUUGGGGUAAAUGUAUUAGAAAGCAGUGUAAACUACUUCACGAAUGUGAUAUUAAUACUAUGCUAAGUAUUUUACAAUUUUGUCACGAUUACCAGAACUCCACAGGCUGCAAGAGACAAAAUUGUACUUUUUUACAUGCAACAAGAGAGGAGGAGAUAUUAUUUAGAGAGACAGGUCAAUAUCCUGCUGAUCUUAUGGAGAGGCAUUAUAAAAUGAAUAUGUCCAGAGAAGGACCAUCUCAACAAGGACCUCCUGCUACUACUCAGCUAGGGCAAUCACCACAUUCUCAACAAGGCCCUCCAAUGUUGACAGUCAACCCUGUAUACCAGUCUCCAUGGUUUUUACUCCCACCACCACCACCACCAAAGGAGCCAUCACCACCACCACAAACUUAUAAGCCAGGUCCAUCAGUAAAUGCAGCUCCAUCGACAACAUACCCAACAACACUAAUUGACACAAGCAAACCACCCCCUCCAUUACCUCAACAAGUCAAAAAUGGCUCAAUAAGGAGGCUACCGGAAGAAGAAGGUUCUAAGGUGGCUCAAACAACAUACCAACCAUCACCAUCAAGGCCUGUACAAGAAAUGAUACCAAUUGAGAUUGACACCUCCAAACCUCCACCCAGGCUUCCCUCUGUCAAAAGUAACACAGAAAAAAGGCCUAUAUCAGAUUCACAUGUUGGACCUUGUAAAACCAGGAAGAUAGACACUGAAUCAACCACCUGCGAAAACUGUUUGCAGUGGGAUCUCAGGAAUUUGGAGAUAGAAAAGAAAAAGAAGGACAAAUUGAAAGAAAAAGCAAUCCUAGUAUUGCGAUACGAAGAGAAGAAGAAAGAACUCGCAGAUAUAGUCGACACUUUGAAAGGCUUGCACAAUGAUAAUUCAAGUAACGAGCCUUAUGAUUUGGCGUCUAUGGACUUAAGAUACGCGCUGAGUGAUCCCGAUAUAAUUCUUCAACGCACGAAAAAGUUAGAUGGACCCGAGUUUCUUUCGAAUCCUCAAUUAUCAAAAUCGCAAUCUAGGAACACAUUUGAUAUAGCUGGAAGUUCGAGUUCAAAUGAGACCAUUAGAAAUGGCCAAGGUCCCACAAAUGGGCUCAUAUCAUCAGCUGCAGGGGACCCGCCUCGUAGCUUUCCGUCGAGCGCGGCGGUGUCGACACCAUCUCACCCUACUCCUGCGCCGUCUCAGUUUUCUGCGUCCACUAGUGCUACUCCCACCAGUGUUGUGACGCCGUUCUCGCACCCGCCGCCUGCGCCCCCGCAGUUUACAAUGGGACAAUCCUAUCGACCUGCCAAUAAUCAAUUCAACUCCUACUUUCCUGGUCCAAGCAAUGAGUUCAACAAUUCCACCAUUCCACAAACGCCUGGUUUGCCGCCUUAUGACCAAAACAUGUAUUUUAACGUGAGGGGAAGACCUCCCCCUCCAUUUACAUAACAUAUGUGGGGAAUCGUGACUUGUUUCAGUGAAGUGACUGUUUGGUAGCAGCCGCCACGAGUGUUGGAAGUGUCACUAACAUGGACAGUGCUAGUUUUAGUUGACAGUGAGUUGUUAUCGUUAUCACUGAAGAUAUAGAUUAUAAUAAUUAUGCCAUUCUUGUGCAUACGUAAUUUUAAUUUAAAGUUCGGUUUUAUACAUAGUGUGUUUGUAAAUAAUUUUAUAUGUUAUACAUAUUUUUACAAUUAUUUAUAGCAGUAAUAUUAAAAUGAUUAUACCCGUUUGUUCAGGUAGGUGGUAGGUAAGAAAUGCACACUAUCUUGAUGAGUAUUUCUUGACAAUUAUUAUCAUUGCACAUAAUAAAUCAAAUUGAAUUUAUAAUUGAUUAGUAAUGUGCAAAUAUUAUAUUUUUAAAUAUGUUCGAUAAAAAGAUGGUCAAGUUGUGUACAUUUACCUAACCUAUUGUGUAAACAAAUUUGGUAUAGUCAUACAUUUAGUACAUAAUCCUAAAUCUGUGGGCAUAGUAAUAAUAUGGCAGUGAUAAUCUCUAAGAUCAUUAAUUUGAGAUCUUUGACACCACACCGUAUAGAGAAAUUCGUUGUAUGCAUAGGGUGUAAGAAGCAUAAAUACAAAUUCUGGUACUAAAUAGCUAAUAUAACAAAAACAAUUAUAUGUAUAAUAGUGUCUGAAAAAGAGAUAAGUACAUAAUUUCUUUUAUGAAGCACUGCGUCGAAUAAAUCUGCGCAAAAUAACUGGGGCUUUGGCCUUGAUGGUUAUUAUGGAUUUUACUUUUUGCCCUUAUUAGUGUAGUUUUCGAAAUCCAGUGAGUUAUUCCUAAGCACAAAUACAUAUAUAUAUAUUAUAUUUUGCAUUAAAAAAAUUAAGGAACCUUCAUUUCAACCCUCUAUUUUACAGCCUUAGCGGUGAAAUUCCCAAAAUAUAAUUAAAUAUUUUAUUUUACUGGUAAUAAACGUUCAUGUUAAAUUCUCAAUUAAAAAAUGGCGAAGUUUCGCCAUAGUCUACCCCGGAAUCGAAAAAGGCGUAAAAUACUGACCACUUUAUCCUUAAUCCACAUAAUUUUUGCCCAUCUCAUAUUCAUAUUCAUUUAUUAUCUCUGCUUUUAACUAAUACAUUUAAAGAGACCUUUCGCAAUCAGCCCGCAACUCAACUUUGAGCUCGUACAUUGCGACUUUCCGAUAUAAUUUGAGCUUUAUUUUAAAAUACAUACAUCUAAAAUAAGGACUUAUAUUUCACAUCAUAAUACCGUUGUAAAUUUGGCAAUAUAUAUGUACAUACUUGCUUUUUAAUAAAAUAUUCCAUUAUUACAAUUCACGGAAGUCUUAACAUUUACAAUUUCAAAUAACUCAUAAUUUAACAUAAUUAUAAUCGUUAAAAAAAUCUAGAACAUAAGACAAAUAACGGGUCUGACGCAGAAUGUGCACUUCGCAAAAUGUGCACUUUUCUAGGAUAUAGCUAACUAACUAGGAUAUAACUAACUAGCUAGGAUAUAACUACUAACUUCUAGGAAAAUAUAAUAUAACUUUAUGUAACAAGAUAGAUAAUGCCAAAAAGUGAACUUUAUUACUAAGACUUCGCUGUCUGUCUCUCAGUAACGGUGAUAGCUAGAGUUGAAAUUUGAAUUCUGUUGCCACUAUAACAACAAAUAAAAUACUAGGUAAAUAAUAAAACAGUACUGUAACAAUAAAUAAUAAAACAGUAUGAAAUAAAUAUCCAAACAUACAACAAACGCAUUUUUUUUCGCCAUUUUGUUAUAUCCUAAAAAUAGCACAUUUCGUUAAGGGCUUAUUUUGUGAAAUGCCCCUUUUAAGAAAUGCACAUUUUGCGAAAUGUACAUUUUUGGGUGACUUAUCAUUUUGCGAAAUGCUCAUUCUGCGUCAGACCCCAGAUAACAUUGUUGAACAAUUAUGUUGUUUCUAAGUGUAUCGCAAAAUCUCUAAAAACAUUUAACAAUUUGUGAAUUUUUCCUAUGGUGUUUCGCUUUAAUAAGGCAAUUUUAUCAUCAAAAUAAUUUUUGUCCAUUAAUAUGUCCGAUUAUCUAUGUCUUUUAUUAAUCUAAUCUAAAUAGAUAAAAUACACGUAACAACGAAAUAAAAACAACUUAAACUACUAAUAAAUUAAUACAAGACCGCGUGGCGCCCGCGCACCACCGAAAAGUGCUCUUAAGGGAAAAUAUCAAAAUUUCUCCAAUGAAAAAUUAAAUAUGUCCAGUUCAAAGCAUUCCUUAUCUAUUAAUUAGGCAUAUGAAGAAUCCUUCCUUAAAAGCGGUGCUUGAAAACUUACUAGGUAUAAACUAAAAGUAACAUCCCCUUACGUCUAACUUAUAAACGAACAUAGACGCGCAUUACGUACCUGACCAUACAAAAAUCGCGCACCGCUUCCCAUACGGAUUAAAUCUGCGCACUGGCUUCCCACAUUAAUGGAGAGGUGUUUUUGGGAAUAUCACUUUAUAGCCACGUGAAAAUGUACUAUAAUUUAUUUCCGCAUUUAUAAUUAAGUGUAUAAUUAAGUGUGGAUUUAACGUAAGAAGUAAUAUUCUGACUUCUGGAGCAAUAAAAACUUACUAUUUUAGGAUGAUUUUUUAUAAGCAUAUUCAUAAAAUCCUGUAAAGUUCUGGUAGAAAGAAAAUAGCAAAAAAGAAAAUUUACGAAAUAGAUUGUACCUGAUAAUAAUUCAUAGUAAUUUAGUGCAAUGCGGUGGCGAAAACAUUUAUUACGUAUUUUAAUUCACACUUAUAUCGUUAUAUUUAUUUAUUAAUAAGACAUUCAAAAUUAAAAUUAGCCAUAAUAGAAAGGAACAUGAAAUAUAAAAAUUCUUUGUUUAAAAUCUUAAUUAAUAUAGAAUAACUUUUUGAAACUGAAAUAUCUGUAUAAAAUUUACUUUAUCCUAUCGAACCGGGGUAAAGUAAAUUUUCAUUGAUUCGGUGGAGAUUUUUAAAGCGUCGACAUGCAAAGAAGAAUUAAUUCGAUGGUUUUUUAAAUCUCCACUCUACGUUUUUAUAAUUAUAAUAUAUUUGACGCUAUAGAGACUUUCUAAUAUUGAAACACAAGAGCAAAAAAUCAAAGCAAGUAUAGAUAUGUAUAUUAGUAAGUACUCCGGGAGUGGUCCAUAGGAACUUAUCUGAUGGAAUAUCACCGUGGAAUUAUUUUUUACGUAAACUUGAUAAUAACAAUCCUGACGGCGCGAAAUAUUUUUCUUAUUUACGGUAUAUAUUUCUCCACGUCGUUUUAUCUGUCUUAUUAUAGCUGACUUUAAUUUAUAUCAUAUAAUUUUCGCCUGGUCGACUUUCUUAAAAAUUAAUAUUUUGACAUCAAAUAAUAUACAGGGUUACUUGUAUAUAACGCAUAACCUUCAAAAGGCGCAUAAAGUACAUAGAGACUACUUGAUGCGAUUUUCACACUUACAUAUGACGAGCGGACACACGUAAUAAACGCGGGCAAAGCCGCGGGCAAAAGCUAGUCAGUCUGUUAUUAUUAAAUUAUAAUCAAAUGCGUACUCUGCCACGACAUCAUAGGUUCGCCCUAGGGACUCCCGAAUUUAUAUGAAUUAUGCACGUGACCGACGAUCAAAUUUGGACAGUAGCCGUGGUGAUUAAUCAAUCGGCAAAGCCGAUGAUCAGAAAAAUUUUAGUUCAAGAUAGUUUAAAGUGAAUGUGUUAACUGUAAAACAUGUCGAUAUGAUUACAUUGACUAUAUAUAUAUAUAUAUUGCCUACCUUGCACUUUUAAAAACUUUUGGCUUCGAUGAAUGUAACAUGGGCUAUAUACUUACAUGGUCGAAGUUACAGUUAAAAUUUUGAUGGAAUUGAAAGGGACUUGACGGGAAGUCACGGUCUUUUCGUACAAAAGUUUCAAGAAAUAUACUGGGCAAAAUCUAUGAUUUUUUCCCAAAAAACGUAGUAUAAACGAAUGAACGAGCGAAUAAUUCCAAAAUUUUUUUUUCUUUUUUUCAACGCUUGCUAAGUUAAAGCUUUGGCAGGUCGAAGAUUCGGCCGGACACCGGAAUUAUACCAUCCAUCAGAUAGGCUCUAGGUUUUGAUCUACUUAUUUCAAAUAUUGGUCUUCAAAAGUUGUAUUUAAUUCUAAUUUGGAACAAAACUUAAAACAAGAUGUAUAUGUAUAUGUACAUAUAUUAAUAAAGUUUAAUAAGGCUGGCGCAGUUUAUAGAUAGGUAAUAAUAAAUAUAACUUCAAAACAAAAUAACUGCAAACUGAUGAUGCACACAUUAUUGCCGCAUGAAAUAGUAUUUUUGUUAUUGAUAAUAGUGCUCUUCAAUAAAUCCGUCAACAUAAUACACCAAUCUAGAUAUAGCUUUAGAAACACACGCUAGAAUUUGAUCGUAACAUUUAAUUAUAAGAUUAUAACUACUUGUUUUAUUUUUCUCAUUCCUAAGUUGAAUAAUGCCUCAACAGAAACGUUUUAUUUCGAAACGUUUUCGUAACCUUGAGUUUUAUUAAUAAUGUCUAUUAUUCAAAUUGCUGCCCAAACAAACAUAGGCUUAUUAUCAAAAUUUUUAUUAUUACCAAAAAUUCCGAGAAGAUCCAUCUAUAUGUUCCAUAGUUUUUGGGAAUAAGUGGGAUUACCUAACUAAUAUAGUUGGUCGUAAACCCAUAUAUGUGCCCAAGGAGCAACUGAGUUUUAUCUCAGAUGUGCCUUGGACACAUAUUAUUCACGGGCGUAGCCAGGUGUUAAUAUUGGGUGGGGUACAAAAAUUACAUUACAUUAACCCUUUGAUUCUUAUGGUAAUUGACAAUUGGGGAGUCCUUUUCUGUUAGGUAUGAAUACGGGAUAUAAAGAAUAGCGCGGCGGAAGGCGCGAAGGAAUCAAAUCAUAUAUUUAUAUAUACUAUUUUAGGAAUAGUAAUUAAUGAGAUAAUUAUGCUGCAUGCCGUUCUAAAAUUAUAUCUUAUUUGGGGUUUGAACCCCAAAAACCCCUGGCUGAGCCCGUGAUAUUAUUUACAGCUAGGUACAUAUAGUUAUAUUUAUAAUAUAACCAACUUGUUCAUUGUAUUUAGUCAUGUUCUAUAAUUUAUUCGUUUUUAUUUUUAAUAAUUUUUAUUAGAAAUAAGAUUCUUCAAAAUAAAAUAGCAAUAAUACUACUAAACUCAGCUGGCCAUAGGCUCAAAAUGAUCUAUACCAAAAUAUAUAAUAUAAUACACAGUGAUUGCUAUAUUUUUAUAUCUUAACGUGUUAAUACAUAUUAAACUAUCACAAAUAACAGUUUUCUUACUUCUCAGAUGUAAGUUAUGUGGACGUAAUUCCCGGUCAACGAGAGCCAACCAUGGAGUUAUUAGGUAUCGGAGUACGAUUUAGUAAGUACUUGAGUAGGUACCUCAAGUACUUAUUAAAUCCAUGGUGGUGCCUACUGAUUCCAUAGAGCCAACGGAUGGUUUCUAGCAGCGCGUGCGGGGCCGCCUCUAAGUCUAUGGUUUCUAUAGUCUUUAGGUGCGCAGGACGCGGGACGCAAUUCGCUCGCGCCGAUUACAUUAACUAACCUGUAUGGACGUGUUCAAAUUGACGCGAAUGUCGCAUGAGCUGCAGCGAAAUAUACGCGGUAUAGCGAGCGACUGAUUUUUCGAAGUGCUGUUGAAUUUGAACCUGGAAUUAUUUUUACAAAAAGUAAGUAGGCAAAUAAUUAAAUAAGUUAAUAAGUGGGUAAUAAACUGUGAAACUCUCUCAAUGUUAAGCUUGAGUUCCUCAGUUCACGAGCCCAUUUUCUUCUUUCCUAUUGAGAAAUCAAAUAUAAUGACUCGCGGGAUUUGUCGCGCAAGCGAAUCGCGAUGAUUCGCGUCCCGCGUCCCGGCGGAAUUCGCCUUAGUUUGAACGAAGCUAUCUGAAAUGGCAUAAUUUUAGAAGGACCUCGCGCGCUCUGUGAAAUGGUAGUCAGAGCAAACUAGACAUGAAUGUUUACCCAGUUUGAUUUACACGAGGGAGAGAUUGUAUAGAGCACUAAUAUCUUUUGCUCAAAUUUUAUUUUUAUAAUGUCCAUCCGUGUACCGUGUAGUAACUGUGGGUUUCUAUCUUAUAUAAUUACGCUCAUCCCAUGUCUAUAAUUUCUCAGUUUACGUCACAAAUUCUACAACAGAACGGCCAGUAUUAGUCGUACGCUUCCACCAGUUGACCACUACAUCACCGGUCGUGCACAAAGCACAACGCAUGGAAUUAAUAGGUACUCCGUACAACUAGUACCUACUAAUUCCAUGGCACAACGCGACUGCUGCGCUUGCCUAUUUCACACAGGGGGAAAACAGUACAGUACUGCUUCUACUAAAAACCAAAUUUAUAAUUAAAUUUCAAUCUACCCAGGUUUUUGGGAGUAAACGGAAUAAAACUGGGAAGACGGAACAGAGGAAACCGUUUCUGGUAUGGCAUCAAAUACGAAUGAAACAAUACUCUCUUUGUAAUAUUAUUACAGAAAUGCUUUAUUAUAAUUAAUCAGAGAAUAGUACUGUCAGUAACAACAAACAAAGCAUUAACAUUGACAGUACAGUCCAGUACUUUUCUGUGCGUUCAAAUAGAAGCAGUGCUGUUAUAUUGUUAUAGGUAUUGUUCUUCCCCUGUGUGAAAUAGGCAUAAGAGAUCUCUGCUCCUCGUGGCAUUCACGUAUCACGUCGUGGCUUCUUCUUUACUAAACCUUGAUAUAGAUUUUGCACUUUAUUAUAUAAAAAUGUUAUUUUUCAGCUUUUAAUAUUUUGUCUAAUGAACCGUAUUUUACAGAAUUUUAAUCAUAUUCAAGUUAUGUAUUAGUUUACAAAUAAAGUUGUUAUUAUGAUUAGUAGGUACUUGUAAUAAUUGCUAAUACUUACUUAUUAUAAAUAAGUGGCAUAAUGUAAGGUUAAAUAUAUUAGUCUUUUUUAUAAUUUGUAAAUUUAGACUCAUUAAUGUUUAAAGAAUUUCAUACUAUACAUAUAAACGAGUUUGUCAAUGCUCUUAUCUUAUUUUUUAUCCAAUUUUCAAAUUAUUUAGACAGGUAGGUAUAUCCUGUAUCCCCAUGCCCAUGAUUCGUUAGGUGUUAGUGAUGUGAGAAAUGCGCUCCGAGUCGAAACUCUGAGCCCAGAAUCUAAUCUACUGAGAUUUGAAAUGUGAAUCUUCGUUUUCGAAGACGUUUGCUUCGAAAAAUAUUUUUAUGUAAUUGUUAAAGUGAAGAGCAAGAUAAUAAAAUAAUCAUCUCAACGGUCUAGUUUUCCAAGGCGUUAUGAAUGAAAUAUUUUUAUUUCAGACAUAGUCCAUAUCCGGUUAGUAAGCAAUAGGUACUUAAAAACUAUCACUUGGAUUUGUAUCCACCUCCGGUAUAAAGGUGAUUCCCAUCGGUAUACUAAAACUUCCGCGAUGCUAUUGGGAGUGAACCGCAGUCACCAGCAUGCAAGCAGCAACACACUUAUAUUAGAUAUUAAAUUCAACUGACCAGUUCAAAUUCCACCCAGCAGUUUUUGCGUGAUGAACAAGCAUACAGACAGCUUCUAUUAGUCCCAUAAAAACCUUCUAGACAUUCUCACUUAUUUCUCACGUUUUAUUAUAUUCUGUGUAUACAUACAGUCCCCUAGACAGUCACAGCAAUCUAUACAGCUUUUCAUGGAAACUGAAUGAAAGAUGGCGUUAGGUGGUCGUAAAAGUCGUAUGAAAUUCAGUUUGAAUUAGCCGUCUGGAUACGGCUAAUUAAAACUGAUACCAGUGUAAGAUAUAACACACCCGAUAAGAAAGAAAGAUGUAAACAGAAGCUGCGUGGAAAAUCUUUUCCGUGGACAACGUACGAAGUGACCCCGGGAUUUGCAGGUUGCAGCCGUUUUAGCAGGGUGUAAACAAUUCAAAAAUCAAAGACUACUAAGUAUAAAAUUAAAGUAUGCAAAUGUUGUUAUGUACUCCUAAAAUAUUACGUUAUUAUGUUAUACAUCGAGAUUUAGUCAAGGAUUCUUAAACAUCUACGUAUUUGUAUAUCUAAUAAAAAAAAGAAAGUAUCAAAUUGAAAUGUUGUAGUGUCAACUAAAAGAUUUUUAAUUUUGCGGUUUUAUUGUACCACGAGACAAGACUAAUCACCAUAGAUUUAGAAAAGGCUGCACAUGAAUAUCAAAAUGAUGGGAUCACUGUUUGAAAAAACGAUAUCAUCUCUUUUUUAUACUCUAUUGAUACCAAUUGACACCUUAACUUAUAAUUUUCGUCCCUGCUUAUUUUAGAUAUUUAAUGUAAAUGCUGAUCCCGCCAUUCUGACAUGUCAAGAUGGUGGGAUCAAGUUGUUACCACAAAUCUAUUAACCAUUUAAUUAAACUGUAUAGCCUGCGAUUUAAUACUCAUUUAAUCCCUCCUCAUCCCACCUCCUGGAAGUUGUAAAACAUUUUUAUAAUUGUUUAUAGUGUUUUUGUUAUUUAUUUUGUUUUUUUCUGCAGCUUUCACACCUGUAAAAUGUUAAGAGCACAAACUCAAAGUUGAAUUAAUUUGCCUUUGUUUGGCUGGACUGAAAAUGCACGCCAUAGAUUUAGCACA